AUGGAACAAGUCAGAGCCUUCAGUGCCCCAGGGAAGGCGUUACUGGUCGGUGGUUAUCUAGUCCUCAAUCCCAAAUACAAAUCUUAUGUGGUAGCCCUUUCGGCGCGUAUGCAUGCGGUAGUCUCGAAGUGUAAAUCAAAAAAUGGAGGGACAAGAGUCACGGUCACUAGCAUUCAAUUCAACAACGAUCGUUGGUCUUAUGACGUGGUAGAGCAAAAUGGAUAUAGCGUCAAUUCAAUUGAUGGUAAACGCAAUCCUUUCAUUGAGAUGGUGAUAUUUAAUGUCAUCAGUUACUACAGACCUUCCUUAACUGAAGGUUUAGAGAUCAAGAUCGAUGUUUUUUCCGAUUCUGGAUACCAUUCUCAAGCGGGAAGUACGAUUAAGAGGAAUGUUUUUAAAGAGUUCUCAUAUCACCCGAGUUCGAUCUCUGAAGUUCCAAAAACAGGGUUAGGAUCGUCUGCUGGACUGGCAACAGUCGUUACAGCUGCUUUAUCCUCUGUGUUUAAACAAAAUUUGUCGGUGAAUAAUGACCAAGAUUUGGCCAUUAUUCAUAAUUUGGCACAGGUAGGUCAUUGUCAGGCUCAAGGAAAGGUCGGAAGCGGUUUCGAUGUUGCUGCGGCUACUUUCGGUUCCAUCAUCUAUCAAAGGUUCAGCCCCGAAAUUAUUACUAGCCUUCCAGAACACAGUGCCGGAUCUGUUUAUCAGGAUGAGCUGAAAAGGCUUGUCGAUGAUGUAGACUGGAUGAUUACCAGAGACAGAGUUAGACUACCGGAUCAACUUAGAUUGGUAAUGGGCGAUGUUAAUAGUGGAUCUGAGACAACUAAGCUAGUUGCAAAGGUGAAUGCAUGGUACAAUUCCAACCUUCCUCGUAGCUUUGAAAUUUACGAAGAUAUGAAUGCUCACAAUUUGGAAUUCAUUAAUGCUUUAACUGAACUUAACCAUUUGAGCACAAGCGACCCACAUACUUACCAGAAAAUAAUCGAUGCGAUAGGAAAAGGUGAAUUUAGCCAAAUCGAACAGGUUACUGAGUUGGCAGAGGUCACUCAUUCAGUCCGCCACAUUCGCCAAGCUUUCAGAUUGAUAACCAAAGAAAGUGGUGCGGAUAUUGAGCCACCAGUACAGACUGAACUUCUAGACGCAUGCAUGCAGUUAAAGGGGGUCUUGACAGCAAUGAUCCCCGGUGCUGGUGGGUACGAUGCAAUUUCACUAAUCACCACUGACAAAGUGACUCCAGCAACUCAAACCGAAGGCGAUGAGAGGUUCAAAAACGUUACAUGGUUAGAUAUGUCACAGGCGGAUAUUGGUGUCAUUGAAGAGAACCCUGAACACUACCAAAAUUUACAGUGA